UUUUCUGUAUAAUGGAUGCCUUUAUUUGUAGUUUCAGUAGUUAGUUUGUUGCAUACACAAUUUUUUUUAUUCUGUUACUAAAAGAAAGAAUGAGUUCGGUUAAUGGAGGAACAACAAUGAAAGAAGCUGGCGAUGCAGAAAGCUGGGUUCGUCCUGACCUUCCACCAAAGUGCACAUGGAGUGUAAAUACAAGUCAAGUUUGUCCACAUCCUGUUGUCAGACCAUUGCGAAACCGAAAUGUUGCUUUUGGUUCGGUUCUUGAAGCUAUUGGAGAUACACCAAUGGUUCGGUUGUCAAGACUGGAAAAAGAAUAUGGUUUAAAAUGUGAAUUAUAUGGAAAAUGUGAGUUUUUCAAUGCUGGUGGUUCUGUUAAGGACCGGAUAGGUUUACGAAUGGUGGAAGAUGCGGAAAAAUCUGGUCGAAUCAAGCCGGGUUUUACCAUCAUUGAACCAACAUCAGGAAAUACAGGAAUUGGCUUGGCGUUGGCUUCAGCAGUAAAGGGAUACCGAUGCAUAAUUGUCAUGCCAGAAAAAAUGAGCCAAGAAAAGGUGAACAUAUUAAAAGCGCUUGGAGCUGAAAUUGUGCGAACACCAACGAGUGCUAGGUUUGACAUGCCAGAAUCUCACAUCAGAGUUGCUCAAAAACUGGAGAGUGAAAUACCAAAUGCUGUUAUCCUUGAUCAAUACCGAAACCCAGGUAACCCAUUGGCCCACUAUGACACAACAGCUGAAGAAAUUUUAAAACAAUGUGGAGGUCAGAUUGAUAUGCUGGUAUCUGGUGCAGGAACAGGUGGAACAGUCACUGGUAUUGGUCGUAAACUGAAAGAAAAGUGUCCGAAUUGCCAGGUGAUUGGAGUCGAUCCUGAGGGUUCGGACCUUGCACUUCCCGAAGAGCUGAAUAAAACGGAUGUCAGUUACUAUGAAGUUGAAGGGAUUGGAUAUGACUUUAUACCAUCUGUUCUGGACAGGUCAGUCAUUGAUAAAUGGUAUAAAUCAAAGGACAAGGAUUCCUUACUUAUGGCAAGGAAGUUGAUAAGAACUGAAGGUUUACUGUGUGGUGGAAGCAGUGGAACUGCAGCAUAUAUUGCUGUUGAAGCUGCUAAGGAAUUGAAAGAAGGACAGAAGUGUGUUGUAGUCCUUCCAGAUUCAAUCAGAAACUACAUGACAAAACAUCUUACAGAAGAUUGGAUGAUUGAACGUAACUUUAUUACAAAGGAUAAACCAGAAGUAAAAGGAGCUCCUUGGAUGGACUUGAAUGUUGGAGACAUGAAUUUGGCUUCCCCGGUGUCCAUACCACCUGUGAUGUGUUGUCAGGAAGCUCUAGAUAUCAUGAGAGCACAAGGUUUUGACCAGUUGCCAGUUGUGGAUGCUACUGGAAAUGUACAUGGAACAGUUACUGUUGGAAACAUGAUGUCUAACUUCACUGCAGGAAAGAUUACAUGGUUGGAUCCUGUGUCUAAGUGUCUCUAUUCAAAGUUUAAAAAGGUUCAAAUUGAAGACAAACUUUCCACUUUGUCUCGAAUCUUUGAAACUGAUCACUUUGCUAUUGUGAUGGGACCAACAUUACAAUUUGAUCUAGUAGACGUAGGGUCACCAUCUAAGGAAUUGCAAAAGAAAUCUGUUAGAGCAGAAAAAGGUGGUGAAAACAUCUCUGGAAUCUUGUCUUGCGUCGACUUUUUGAAUUUUCUUGCAACUCUCAAGUAGAAGUAUGUUAAUAUCAUACUCCGUAGAUGCACAUGUAUAAGUUAACAUGUAUAUAAAAUAAAGCUUUUAACAUUUAGUUUGUGUAAAAUGGGGCAGAUGUUAGCACUAUUUAUUAUAACUAAUCUUGGUUGAGACUACUGCAGUUUUUUACCGUUAAGCCUUUUUCAACUAACAAUACUUAUUGCGUUCCAUAGUAGUGUAGUAAAUAAAUAACAUACCAUCUA